AUGUCCUCAUUCAAAGACAUUCACCACCAGAGAAUCAGUCACAUGACUGCCUCAAAAUCGACGACAAUGACCGAGUCGGAUGAGGUUCUUCCAAAAACGCCUAAUGACAAAGAAGCGUUCGCUCGCCUUCUCUGGAUCAACCAAUGCUACGAAGCAAUGCCUUCUAGCUCCAAGAUGGUCGUCUUCGAUCAAGGGCUCUUGAUGCACAAGGCCUUCAAUGGACUCCUUGCUCAAAGCACACGUCACGUGCUCCUCUCGGAUCCAGAAUCGGGAGGAAAACUCGAUGGAAUUCUCAGUGUCACUGAUUUCAUUAAAGUGAUGCUCAAGAUUUAUAGAGAAAGAGCCAAAGUUGGUGAGAAAGAGCCAACAGAGCUUGACAUGACUCAAAUUGCUAACGAGGAGAUUGGAAAUAUGAAUAUUCGCCAGUAUCGCGAACUUAUCAAGAAAGAUGGAAAUCUCCGACCGCUCGUCUCCGUCGACGCCAGUAGCAGUCUUCUUGAUGCCGCCUGCAUUUUGGCUGAAAACCGUGUUCAUCGUAUUCCAGUUAUCGACACUCAUGAUGGUUCCGCUCUUUUCAUUCUGACUCACAAACGGAUUCUCAAGUUUUUGUGGCUCUAUGGAAAACACUUGGCACCACUCGAGUAUCUUCACAAAUCGCCAAAGGAGCUUGGAAUAGGAACAUGGAGUGGAAUCCGUGUUGUCUUCCCAGACACUCAACUUGUCGAUUGCUUGGAUAUUCUGCUCAACAAAGGCGUUUCCGGACUCCCCGUGGUGGAGAGAGAGACUUUCAAGGUUGUCGACAUGUACUCCCGAUUUGACGCUGUUGGAAUCGCCCUUGAAAACCGUCUUGAUAUCACCGUCAAAGAGGCUUUGGCGUUCAAAUCUCAAGGAGGACCGAUGAAAAACGACGAGCGAGUUGUCUCCGUCCGCGACACUGAAAGUUUCUGGAAAGCAGUCAACGUUCUCGUCGACCACAAUGUCCAUCGUCUGUGUGCCGUCAACGAACAGGGAGGGAUUGAAGGAGUGAUCUCAUUGUCCGACGUCAUCAACUUUAUGGUGGUUCAGCCAGGAAGUCACUUGAGAAGCGUCACUCCUCCGAAGAAACACUGGGCUCGUCAUCAUACAGGAGAUAUGAAUGAUAAGGAGCUCCGAGAGAUCCUUCUCACCAAUGCGGCUAACUUUGAGCAGGAAUCCAACUCGAGCAGCGCGUCGGGCUCGGCGCUUCCUAGCAACCAGAACAGCUACUCCAAGCACCCACCACACCAUUAA